AUGUAUCCCGAUCCCGAACGGAAGAGGAACAGAGGGUAUCUGGGUGGGAACUUUUUCCUGUAUGUUUUGGGCCAUGAACAUGACCAUGGGCUGACAACUGUAAACAACUCUCCCCCCACACAGGAUCGCCAGCAGCUUCGGUAUGAAUUGGAUUUGAACUCGUGGAAUCUUCGGAUCUGGGGGGUGGCAGCUUCGGGUUUUCUUACUGAUUCGUGCGUCUUACACUCGCUCAUCUCUCACCCACGACGCGCCGCCGAUUUUUCUAACAUUUUUUUGUGGCAAUUUAGAUACAACCUCUUCGCGACCAAUGUCAUUCUCGCCUCCCUGUCGUUUGUGUACUUUCCUCAUGAGAGAUGGUGUGGGUUGAUCAUCAACUUUUUCACGCUGCUUGGGUCUGUGGUCGGUCAACUGUUGUUCGGCUAUCUUGCCGAUAAAUAUGGGAGGACGAGAUUGUACGGAAUUGAGCUUGUGCUCGUGAUCGUCUCGACUAUAGGGGUCGCCACAACGAGCACAGGUUAUGGGGAUAUUUCGUUUCUGGCUUUGUUUACUUUUUGGCGGUUCGUGAUGGGUAUUGGCAUCGGUGCCGAAUACCCCUUGUCGGCAGUGAUAACAUCAGAAUGGUCAAGCACCUCCUCAAGAGCAACAAUGCUGUCGUCGGUAUUUCUCAUGCAACCGGUCGGCCAGGCUCUAGCCCAGCUGGUGGGAUUGUUCGUCCUGUUGGGCGAGAACAGAGCCCACAGGCUGCACGAACUGCAAUGCGGAAUCGAUACCCGCAACGAAGAAGAGUGCAAGAGAAUAAUCGAUGGCAUCUGGCGUAUAGUUAUCGGAUCUGGCGCCGUCCCCGCCAUCUUGGCCAUCAUCUUCCGCUUCUUUCUGUACGAUUGCGGGCUGUACACCCUCGAAGUAAAAAACAAGCCCGGCAACGCCUUCAGGGACACCCAACGGGUCUACGGAGCCCCCGGGAACGAGAACAACAGCAACGGCUUCCCCUCUUCCAACGGCCACACGGUUCAGACAAUUGCCAACGGGGGUGGCACCUUGACCCUCCCCGCCAGUCCGCCAGAGCCCGAUGAACCCGCCACCUCUCUGCAGUUCUCCAUGUCGGACCUCUACAACUUUUUCAUCCGCGACAAGAACUGGUACUACCUCCUGGGAACCUCCAUGGCGUGGUUCUACCUCGACGUUUCGUUCUAUGGCUUCUCGCUCGACAACCGCGGCACGCUGUCUGACCUCUGGGCCACCACCGACGCGGUGAGCAUCACCGCUGAUCUCGAAUGUUGGAACACACCCGGGUCAGCCGUGCCAUCCUGGGCUGCCGGGAGCGGGCUGCCCACCUGGCAGACGGACGCCACAAAGCCGUGCAAUACUAUCUAUGAGACGUUGAUCGAGCAGACGAAGCAGUAUCUGUUAACUGUGUCCCUCGCUUCGAUAGCGGGGAGCGCGUGCUUUGUCGUGUUUGCGAACAGGAUACCGAGGAGGGAGUGGUUGACGGCUAGCUUUGGGGUGCUGACGGUGUUGUUCCUGGUGACGGGGGGACUGUACUAUGGGGUGGCGCACACGAAGAGGAGUUGGGGGACGGUGGUGUGCGUGGCGAUUUGUCAUUUCAUGUUUAAUUUUGGGGCGAAUACACUUACCUUUAUCAUCCCGGCCGAAAUUUUCCCGACGUGUUAUCGGUGUACUUGUAUGGUGUCCAAAAGUCACGGAAUUUCAGCCGCAGCAGGAAAGGUCGGCUCCAUCGUCGCGGUGCUCAUCGUGUACGGCAUCAACGCGGGCUACAAAUCCACAACGAGACAAGGGCUUGUCUUUUUGCUGUUUGCAACCUUUAUGGCCUUGGGAGCGCUCUAUUCAUGGGCGUAUCUGCCUGAUGUGCAGCGGGUCGUCCAUGACAGCACCCCAGACGGGGAGCUGAAGAGGAGACUAGAGACAAAAAGUCUGGAAGAAUUGGGAGGGGGGUAUCCGGGUGCGGUUGCGGAGGGCCAGGUUUUUGGGGUGAGGAAUAAGUGGGCGGUGAUGAGGGACAAGGUUCGGUUUCGGGUUGGGAAGGGGAGGAAACACUCGGAUGGGAACGAAGCGGUGAUGGAGGGGGCGAUAGGGGGGCAGUAUCCCCUCAGGGGAGGGAACGCUAAUCAUUUUCAACGAGGUGGCGGUGUUGUCAAUGUUGUGAAUGGCACCAUUGAGUUGCCGGCUAGGUGA